GCCCGGCGCCGGAGCUGCAAGAUGGCCUGGGCCGGGCUGUGCGCCCUGCUGGCCGGGUGCUGCCUGGCGGCCGGCAGCGGCCCCGCCGAGGCGGCGGCGGAGGCGGCGGCCAAGGAGCUGGAAUGCAAACUGAAAAGCAUCACGGUGUCGGCUCUGCCUUUCCUCCGGGAGAACGACUUGAGCAUCAUGCACGGCCCCUCGGCCGCCGAACCCAAGCUGCUCUUCUCGGUGCGCAACGAUUUUCCCGGAGAGAUGGUGGUUGUGGACGACCUGGAGAACACGGAGCUGCCCUACUUCGUGCUGGAGAUUUCAGGCAACACAGAUGACAUCCCAUUGGUGCGCUGGCGGCAGCAGUGGCUGGAGAAUGGCACUCUGCUCUUCCACAUCCACCACCAGGAUGGGGCUCCCAAUCUGCCUGGUUUCGAGCCCACUGAGGAACCCCAGACCGAGUCAGCCGAGGAGGAGCUGAGGAUCCUGCACAUCUCCGUCAUGGGAGGGAUGAUCGCGCUGCUGCUCUCCAUCCUCUGCUUGGUGAUGAUCCUCUACACCCGGCGGCGGUGGUGCAAGCGGCGCCGUGUGCCACAACCUCAGAAAAGUGCCAGUGCCGAAGCUGCCAAUGAGAUCCACUACAUCCCCUCGGUGCUGAUUGGGGGGCACGGGCGGGAGAGCCUGCGCAAUGCCCGUGUGCAGGGCCACAACUCCAGCGGCACCCUCAGCAUCCGCGAGACCCCGAUCCUGGAUGGUUACGAGUACGACAUCACCGACUUGCGGCACCACCUCCAGCGGGAAUGUAUGAAUGGCGGUGAGGACUUUGCCAGCCAGGUCACCCGCACCCUCGACUCGCUGCAGGGCUGCAAUGAGAAGUCAAGCAUGGACCUCACGCCAGAUGUUGCCUUCAAUUCUUCCCGCCCAGGGAGUGAUAAUGCAAAGCUGUCCCUGAUGAACAAAUACAAGGACAACAUCAUCGCCACCAGCCCCGUGGACUCCAACCACCAGCAGGCCACCCUGCUGUCCCACACCUCCAGCAGCCAACGCAAGCGCAUCAACAACAAGGCGCGAGCUGGCUCAGCCUUUCUGAACCCCGAAGGGGACUCGGGGACAGAGGCAGACACUGAUCCCCAGCUGACCUUCUACACAGACCCCUCUCGGAGCCGGAGGCGCAGCCGAGUGGGGUCCCCCCGCAGCCCUGUGAACAAGACCACUCUGACCCUCAUCAGUGUGACAAGCUGUGUUAUCAGCCUGGUGUGUUCCUCCCAUAUGAGCUGCCCCCUUGUUGUCAAGAUCACCCUCCAUGUCCCUGAGCACCUCAUUGCUGAUGGGAGCCGCUUUAUCCUGCUGGAGGGCAGCCAGCUGGACGCCAGCGACUGGCUGAACCCGGCGCAGGUCGUCCUCUUCUCCCAGCAAAACUCCAGCGGCCCCUGGGCCCUGGACCUCUGUGCCCGCCGCCUCCUUGACCCCUGCGAGCAUCAGUGUGACCCUGAGACUGGUGAGUGUCUCUGCUAUGAGGGCUACAUGAAAGAUCCUGUCCAUAAGCAUCUCUGCAUCCGGAAUGAGUGGGGGACCAACCAGGGGCCCUGGCCGUACACCAUAUUUCAGCGCGGCUUCGACUUGGUGCUGGGUGAGCAGCCAUCAGAUAAGAUUUUUCGGUUCACCUACACACUGGGGGAAGGCAUGUGGCUGCCACUGAGCAAGAGCUUUGUCAUCCCUCCGGCUGAGUUGGCCAUCAACCCCUCAGCUAAGUGCAAGACCGACAUGACAGUGAUGGAGGACGCUGUGGAGGUCAGGGAAGAGCUGAUGACCUCCUCCUCCUUCGACAGCCUGGAGGUUCUUCUUGACUCCUUUGGUCCUGUCCGUGACUGCUCCAGGGACAAUGGGGGCUGCAGCAAGAACUUCCGCUGCAUCGCAGAUCGCAAGUUGGACUCAACGGGCUGUGUGUGCCCGACGGGCCUGAGCCCAAUGAAGGAUGGCACGGGUUGCUAUGACCGCCAUGUUGGUGUUGAUUGCUCUGAUGGCUUCAAUGGGGGCUGUGAGCAGCUGUGCCUGCAGCAGAUGGUGCCUCUGCCCGACGACCCUCUGCUCUACAACAUCCUCAUGUUCUGUGGGUGCAUUGAGGACUACAAGCUGGGUACAGAUGGGCGAUCAUGCCAGCUCAUCUCAGAGUCGUGCCCUGAUGGUGUGGACUGUGGUGAGCCCCGUGAGCUGCCCAUGAACCAGACGCUCUUUGGGGAGGUCUUCUAUGGCUACAACAACCACUCCAAGGAGGUGGCCCCAGGGCAGGUGCUCAAAGGGACGUUUAGACAGAACAACUUUGCCAGGGGCCUGGAGCAGCAGUUGCCAGAUGGACUGGUGGUGGCCACCGUGCCCCUGGAAAACCAGUGCCAAGAGGAGCUCUCAGACCCCACACCUGACCCCGAAUUCCUCACUGGGAUGGUGAACUUCAGUGAGGUGUCGGGAUACCCUCUGCUACAGCACUGGAAGGUGCAGUCUGUCAUGUACCACGUCCGGCUCAACCAGCUGACCAUCUCCCAGUCCUUCAGCAAUGCACUGCACUCUCUGGAUGGGGCCACCUCCCGCAGGGACUUUGUGGCACUGCUGGACCAGUUUGGCAACCACUACAUCCAAGAGGCCGUGUAUGGCUUUGAGGAGUCUUGCUCCAUCUGGUACCCCAACAGGCAGGUCCAGCGGCAGCUCUGGUUGGAGUAUGAGGACAUCAGUAAAGGCAAUUCUCCAUCAGAUGAGUCAGAGGAGCGUGAGCGGGACCCCAAAGUGCUCACCUUUCCUGAGUACAUCGCCAGCCUCUCUGAGUCAGGCACCAAGCGCAUGGCAGCAGGCGUGCGGAUGGAGUGCCAGAGCCGCGGGCGCUGCCCCUCAUCCUGUCCCCUCUGCCACGUCACCUCCAGCCCUGAUGCGCCAGCAGAGCCCAUUCUGCUUGAGGUCACCAAAGCAGCCCCCAUCUACGAGCUGGUCACCAACAACCAGACGCAGCGGCUCUUGCAGGAAGCCACCAUGAGCUCACUGUGGUGCUCAGGCAGCGGGGAUGUCAUCGAGGACUGGUGUCGCUGUGACUCAAGUGCCUUUGGGGCUGAUGGACUGCCCACCUGUGCACCUCUCCCACACCCCAUCCUGCGGCUCUCCACUGUGCAUGAACCCAGCAGCACUCUGGUAGUGCUGGAGUGGGGGCACUCGGAGCCCCCCAUCGGGGUGCAGAUCGUCGACUACCUCCUCCGCCAGGAGAAAGUGACCGACAGGAUGGACCACUCCAAGGUGGAGACUGAGACGGUGCUGAGCUUUGUGGAUGACAUCAUCUCUGGUGCCAAGUCCCCCUGCGCCAUGCCAGCCCAGGUGCCUGACAGGCUCUCCUCCACCAUCUCCCUCAUCAUCCGCUGCCUGGAGCCCGACACCAUCUACAUGUUCACCCUCUGGGGAGUCGAUAACACGGGGAGACGCUCCAGGUCCAGUGAUGUGACGGUCAAGACGCCCUGCCCUGUGGUGGAUGAUGUCAAAGCUCAAGAAAUUGCAGACAAGAUCUACAACCUCUUCAAUGGCUAUACCAGUGGCAAGGAGCAGCAAACAGCCUACAACACCCUGCUGGACCUUGGCUCCCCCAGCCUGCACCGUGUUCUUUACCACUACAACCAGCACUACGAGAGCUUUGGGGAGUUCACCUGGCGCUGUGAGGACGAGCUGGGACCCAGGAAAGCCGGCCUCAUUCUCUCGCAGCUGGGGGACCUGAGCAGCUGGUGCAACGGGCUCCUGCGAGAGCCCAAGAUCAGCCUACAGCGCUCAUCCCUCAAGUACCUGGCCUGCCGUUACAGCGAGAUCAAGCCCUACGGGCUCAACUGGUCAGAGCUCAGCCGUGACCUCAAGAAGACGUGCGAGGAGCAGACUCUGAGCGUCCUCUACAAUGACUAUGGGGACAAGGACUACUGAGGGCCGCACCGUGGCCCUCCCGGGGUGGCUGUGGGGGUUUUAUAUAUGGAGUGGGAGGGGGGGAGGGCAUCUCUGGAGGUAAAAAUUGGGACUGGGGAAUGAAAUGGCUGCUCUGUGCAGGACUGAUUCAGUAUUAGUUUCUUCUUCAACUUGGCCAACAGUCUUUCUAGGUAGGAGUCUUGUGGGAACCCAGUUUUCUUGGUUCUUUUUCUUUGUUUUGCCAAGAGGUUCCUUAGCUGGUGGGUGUGGGUGCAUGGCACAGGGAGGGCAGGCUGGAGGACGCAGCCCUCUGCACCAUGUUAUGUCCCUGCCCAGUCACAGGAGAAGCAUGGUGAUGCAAGUCAGGUUGAGACGCAAAUGCUCAUCAUGGAGCAAAACAGUCACUGGGCAUCCUAGAGGUUUUGUGGUUGUUUUUCUAAUUGUAAGGCAUGAGGUGGGACCUGACUCAGUUCUGGCGCCACUGCAGGGCAGGGCUGGCCGUGGUGUCACCAGCCCAGGGGAGAGGAAAGAAGGUGGUGAUAGGGAACCCAGCUCCUCAGGGUUCUUCUGUCAUGGUCAAAGCCCACAUCUGCUCAAAGAUGCGAGUCCUCAAGGGCAAAGGCAAAUUGGCCUCGGUGCCAGCAGCUAUGUGGACAUAAUUUUUUGUUUGUUUGUUUGUUUGUUUUUGUGUGGGAUUGAACUCUUAGGAAAUCAACUGAAAAACCCCUUCCAUUUCAUUAUUUUUCAAACCCACCAUAGUAAAGACUUAAAAGCAAUGACGAAGUAGUGUUUAGGAGAACCCCAGCCAAGACAGCAGCAUCCAGUUGGCAUGAACAAGGCUGCUUUCUGCUAUUUGCUGCUCUUGAGCCAUGGAGCAGCCCAAGGUGGGCAUAGUGAAAGGAGUGGGACAUAGCAUACCUGUCCUACAGGGCUGCCUGUCCUUUGUGUUCUGUCUUCAGGGGAUGUUGCUUUCCAUAUUUAGGCUCACAUCUGCAUCUCUCACUAGCGACUUCGUUUUUUUCCUAACAAAAAAAAAAGGAAAAAAAAGAACAACAACAAAAAAAACAACAGAGAACUGGGGUUGUUCUGGGACACUGGGCUGUGCUUAGAGCAAACUGUUCUCCAGAACCCUUCUACCACUGCUGCUGUUGGAUGCGGCACAAGGCUUCAUUUUAGCUUCAGCUCCCAGCCUGCUUUGCAGAGGAGGCACCCCUGGAUUUGUCGGCUGUGCAUCUUUGAUGUGGACGAGACAGGAACCCUGCUGUAUUUUUUCUUUUUUCUUUUUUUCUUAUGAUGCCUCUUCAGAGCGAGAUUUCCUUUCCAUUUUUCAGUCUUGGCAGGAGCAAUCUUCAGCCUGUCUCUUUCCAUUUCCCACCUCGUUCCUACUGCUACCUGCCCAGGAGGCGGCUGGAGUAUUUGUGUGGUGUUGGAUGGGAGCCACCAGCGCUGCCUUCUGGUGCUUGCACUGCAGCCAGCCAGACAGCACAGGAGCAUCCUCCUGCAGGACCACCCUGCUCCAUCCCUCCCUUCCCACUUACAGACCUCUCAUUCAGGGCAGCACCUGGGAGUUGCUGUGAGCAGCCAGCAGCAGUCAGUAUUACCUGGGCACCUGUAUGAAACCUGUGAUGAAUUCAUCUAGCAGGGCUAGGUGGGCCAACACCUGCUUUUUGCAAGGAGAAAGUCAACCAGGACCUUUGGACCUCUUCUCCCACGUCUCCUUAUAUUUGGAUGUGCCAGAUGAUGCCAAAAGCUUGGUGCUCAAAACAAGACUGUCUCUACAUGUACUUGGGCAGGCGUCCCGUUUCCUUCCAGCCACUGGGAAUCCUGACCAGGAUGCUUUGGGUUGGUCUUUUUGCUUCUUCCAGCCGACACCAAGUCAUCCUUUAACUUCAGCCAGACAGCUGACCAGGGAUGGGCACAGGGCACAACAUCCAACACUUCGGAGCAAAGCUUGGGCCAGGGCUGCUCUGGCCCAUACACAGCUUGGUGGCUGGCCAAGUAAUACUGCUUACAUAGCUUUUAUAUGGAACACAGAAGGGUUUUCUCUUGGUAGCAGCAUCCUGUCUUUCACUGCUGAUGAAAUUCAGCAGUUGAGAUGAGAACAGCGCAGGAAUGCUGCCAGGAAGACCCUGAGUACUUGCACCUUUCUUGUGGGCUUCUUCACCCAAAAUUGGUGAUGGGGCACCAUGGCUGUUUCCACUGUGUUCCUAUUCCCCUACUUCAAAGCCCUUGUGUGGUCACUAAAAGCUCUGCAGAACCAUCAUCCCUCUGGGUUGGGCUCUUCCCAGGUUGACCCUGAUCUGGCCACUGACCCAUGCCAAGGUGGGUUUUGCUCCAUGGGCCUGACUGUCUCAGUGUUGCUGCCCAUCUGUGCAUUGCCCCUUUCUGUGAUAACCCUGGCUUUCAGGAGGCUUUCUUCUCAGUUUCUCACCCUGUCUCAGCAACUUAGAGAUUUGUCUGAAUUUGCAUUCUCUUGUCCAAAUCCCUGAGUUGACUCAAGAGCUCAACUCAAACACCAGCUACGUGCCACCAUGUCUCAGACCAAGAGGGAUGCGUUCACCCCAUAGCCGCAGACCAUUCCUUGGGGAGAUGUGUGGGGACAGCCCCAGGUGUGCCAUACCUGCAGAGCUGAUGUCCUUCCCCAUCUGCCAAAAGGUCCUGCCCAUGGCUCUGUGCAGUAUUUCCUCUGCUGGACCUCUGCCUCUUUCUGUGCUGCUGAAGAGGAUGGUUUUUGUCCCUUUCCUAUUCUCCCUCACUCCUCUUCUCUCUCUCCUUGAUUUAUUUCUGAGUUAACGAGUGAUCAUUCACCUGAGAAGAACCUCUGGGCCAUUUUCUUUUCUCUGCUAUGCCCCUUCCCCCAUACUAGCCUUUCUACCUUUUACUUGUCGUGCCGUUAUUUAACAUAUGAAGAUGGUUUGGUCCUUUUAUUUCAGAAGAUGGCUACAAUUCAUGUUCCUUGAUGUUAUAUUAAAACUCUAAUGUGACGUUUUACUACUGUAGAUUGAAAGUAGGGUGCUUUAGGGUGGGAUAGCCACGGGGCAAGAAAUGCAAGACCCUUACGGGUUACUUUAAAAAGGUUUUAAAUGAAAACAACUACAAAAAUCACUGUAGCACUAUGUAAAACUCCAAAUGAUAAUUCAACUGACUAUUAAACGGAGCUGUUAGUAAUCCGUGGCUCUGGCAAAUGGGGGUGCUUGUUUAUAGCUGUAGUCCUGUUGAUGCAAUCUGUUGGUGGUGGAUGGAAACUCACAGCCUUUGAACUUGGUGCCUCUUCCCACAAGUUUAGCUGUCUGCUCUGGGUAGCCAAGUACCAAAACACAGCUGGAACCACAUCCCACACCUGCUACCUGCUCCAUGGCCAUGGGAUGGCACAGAUGCCUGCGGGCUUUUGGGUUUUGGGAAGGAUGGCAUGCCUUCAGCCUGGGGCUCUCAGUCCUUGUUUUGGAAACCUCCAUGAAUGCUGGGAAUUUGGGAGCAGAGUCUCAAAUUAACCUGUUUUUAUUCAGCUAUAAUGUGAAUUGAUGGCGCUAUCUGGCGGCCAACCACCCCUGGAAACUUCGGGCUCCAUUUGGCAGACUUUUGAGAGAGGUCCAGCAAUGUAAAGAACACCGACUGCCUACAAGUGAUUUGAAAAUCAAUGCCUGAGCAGAUACAGCAGGUUAUAAGGAUACCUUGGUAGGCUUGUGUGGUGUGAUUUUUGUUCUCACUGCUCAUGACCAUACAGCAUGCCCGUAGUUGGCCCCUUCACCAAGAUUAGAGUAUUUUCCCACCAGCUCUGUUAAGUAUCAUGGAACAACUUCAUUUUUUUCUCUCUUCCCACUGCUAAAUUGCAGGAAAAUAUGUUAAAAAUACACCCAAUGCUUUCCUCCUGCUAUUUUCCACACAGCUAAGUGCUGUGGCAGCCACUGCACUAUAACUUGUGGAAGAGGAGGAGAAGGAGGUUGGUGAUGAGGUGGAGGAAGAGCAGAGGGGCCACGUGUUUCCAGGGUGUGUGGUUGCAAGUGUGAGCAGUCCAAUGUGCCUGUGUCAUCACACCUUCAAAGAACCAUCCCAUCUAGAAAUUGGCAACCCUGUCCAUGGCAGGGGGUUGGAACUAGGUGAUCUUUAAUAUCCCCUCCAACCUCAGCCAUUCUAUAGUUCUACAAACUAUUCAACCAUAGAAUCAUGGAAUGGCUUGGUUUGGAAAUGCUGUGUCCUCAAGGGUUUGAAAGCAAGGGGCUAAAUUCACUCCAAAAAUGGCAAAGUGAGCUGGAAGGGAUGCACCACCAGCUGAAGCUAAACAGCAGCUUUAGGCCCUGGAGAAGGGGUAGGCAGAGCCCAACCUUGCUCCUGAUAGUGUUCCCCAGAUCCCGAGCAGCAAACAGAUGUGUUAUGAGGGUUGCUGUUGGCCAUCCUGGAAAAGGAGUUGCUAGAAGGGGUUUCUUAAUUAGAGAGUGGGCAUGAAUGACACUGCAGCACAGGAGCCCUCAUACAGGGUAUCACGUCCCCAUGCUCCCAGGAUCUGUUUCAUUUCUUAAUGCCGUGCGGACUUCUUGAACAGUGCACUUGCUGUCAAAGCUUUCCCAAAUCCAGUCUGCACAGUUGGAAGCACCACUAUCCUUAUUGAACUGUGUAACCUUUGUCUUGGGAAUGCAGAGGCCUCUUGCUCUGAAGUUUGGUACUUGGUGAUGAGGGGAUGAGAUGAGAAACCAGCUCUUCACUUGGCUACUGUCCUGGAUAUUAUUCUGAGUGCAAAACCUAUACCUGGAAUCCUGGUUGCUUGGUUGCUACCUCCAUGCUGGAUGCUGCAGAGCCUUGUAAUGCCCUGUUCUCUGUAGGAGUUCCAGUCCUUCCUGAUCUUUCCACUCGCUCAGUCAUGACUCACCUUCUCCACCGUCUGCAAGGCAGACAUGGCAGAGGAAAGACAAACAGCUCCCAGCACAGAUUUGGGCUGAUCAAAUCCUGCCACGUGAAGUUGGGCUUCUUAGGGCAGGUGAGUGUAGGAGCCAGGAUGCAGAGAAGGGGACACUGGCCACCAACUGGUGUCCUCUGCCUUGGGGACAUGGGGUGUUCGUGGGCUUUGGAGUCUUCCAUGGGACAGGGAUCAUCUGGUACUGUGGCAUCAGUUCAUUUUGGUCCCUGUGUCCUUAUACCUGGGUGCCACAGUGAGGUUGCCCACUUAAUGCAGGGCU